AUGUCUGAGCCGCGACGGUCGACGCGGGCGCGCGCUCGUGAAGAAGCUGCCCCCACCGUCCCCGACACGCCAAACGAGAAGCCGGCGCGAGGUGCGAAAGCAACACUCAAGCGCAAGCGAGCCAGUAUCGCCAUAAGAGAAUCAGCACCAUCAACACCGGUUGGUGAGGGCGUACCACUCACACCAAAACAAUUGCUGCCUCACCGGAUAACUGAAGGCGCGCCACUACCCACCCUCUCGGAACCACAACCUCUCGAUCUUCCUUCAAGCGAAUGGCAGACGAUACAACAGAGCGGCGUCUUGGACUUGUCGUUUGAGCGUUCCAAGGCGGUAUGGCUGUCCGGCGCAAACUUCCGCACCUUUCACAAACACUUCAAUCAGCCCAAGAAGCUCGCAGACCGGACAGAUGAGGACAAGGCGAAGGCGCAAAGGCAGAAGGAGUUGCUGAAGAACUUUCCCCAUGUGGGCGCAGAUAGAGUGGUUGUGAAGCUUGUGAUAGAGCCACAUACACUACCUAUCAAGCUCUAUGGCCCACGUGAGGUGG